UGGAAGCCAUGGCGGGGUCAGCUGUUUGCUGUCGGUCGUUCGGCUGUCUGCAGUGAUUCGGUCCUGCCGGGCCGCUGAGGGUCUGAAGGUCCGCCGGAGACAGCGUUCGACCUUGGGGACGCUGCCAUGGAUCUGACGCGGCUGGCGGUGGACGCGGGUCAGCUCAUCAACCGGGCUGUCCAGUACACGGAGGAGAGUCUGGGCCAGGCCGAGAGGACGGACUUUGACCCGGGGCUGGAGGGGCUGCUGGCCCGGGCAGACGCCACCAAGACGUGGACGGACCAGAUAAUCUCUCAGACGGAGGUUUUACUGCAGCCGAGUCCGGGAGCUCGUCUUGAAGACCGGCUGUAUGAGCAUCUGGAGUGGAGCGCCCCGCCUCGGCCUCGAGCCAACGAGCUGCUGGGAGAUCAGAUGAUCCAAGCUGGGCUGGAGAUCGGCUCCAACACCCCCUAUGGGACGGCGUUGCUGAGGUGCGGAGAGGCUCAGAAGCACGUCGGCGAGGCGGAGAGGAAGUUCGUCCAGAGCACUCAGAUACACUUCCUCAAUCCUCUGCGGGGUUUCACUGAGGGGGAAUACAGAGCAGUACAGAAUGAGCGCAAGAUGCUGGUGAAUAAGCGUCUAGACUUGGAUAUAGCGAAGUCCAGACUGAAGAAAGCCCACGAGGCCGACCGGGAGGCCAGAAACCUGAACGCCAACCCGCUGGAAGAUGACUACGUGUCUCACAUGUCCUACAUGUUCAGCUUCCUACGCGUCAAAUGGCUGAAGAUGUGGGCUCAGGAAAUCUCUCAGGCAGAGAUGGAGCUGAGGAUCUGUCAGAGUCUUUUCGAUCGCCAGUCAGAAAUUACAAAACGGACGCUGGAGGGCCUUGACAACACACACAUCAACCACAUGGGGAGCCUGAUUGACUUCGUGGAUGCUCAGGCCAGUUAUUUUGCUCAGUGCAGCCAACAUGCGGAGGAGCUUCACAAACAGCUGGCCAGCAUUCCAGCUGUCUUCUGCUCCAACAACUGGCAGUCGGCUAUUAAUAAUGCAGCCAAUCACCCACCGACGAGUAACCAUGUCGCCAGCGAGUCCGUAGGGUUAGAUCAGGUCACUCCCCUGCCUGCAGUCGUCAAUCGGCCACCAGAAUUCAAUCAGGAAUCCUCGAUUCCCCAAGCUGGAGCAGAUUCCUCUUCAAACACACUGCCACCUGAUGGGACUAACAAAAACAACAACAACAACAACAGCAAGUCCUCCAUCCAUAGCCAGGAGACCAAGCACCAUUCGCCUAUAAACAGCCAGUUAUCUGCCAGUCAUUCUUUUGAACAAAUCGAUAUAUCAAGCCAAUCGGAGCAGGCUCCCGGCAGGACCGACACUGUAACACCUCCCAUCAACAACGAUGCAGACAGUGCCACAGAAACGGCCGUUUCCCCACCUUCACAGUCCAGUGCCGCCACGACCAAGCCUCAAACAGCAGACACGGCCUCCACCGAGUCCACUGCCGCCGCCGCCGCCAGCAGUCCGGCCCCGGAUCCCCAGAGGACCAAUGAAGCUGUCAAGCAGCCCGGCAUUAACGGAGAGGAUGUCCAGGAAUCGCCGUCAGACAGUGGGGAUGUGGUUGACUAGAGAUGAGAGUCCAGCUGAGGACACCAGGGAAAAAAAUACUUCAGCCUGUACUGACUCGGACCGGAGCUUCAGCUGGGAGUGAGGUUUGUGUGGAUUAAUGUAGAAAGAAUAAUCUGGUUGGAGAAAGACGGCUGUGUUUCUCAACAUAGCCUCUCGCUUGUGUUUGUUGGAGGAAACAUGAUGGAAAAGUGCAGGGUAAUAAGUAAUAUUUAACAAGAACAAAUUAAAAGCUGUACAUUAGGCUAUGUUACUAUAGGUAAUGUAAGCAGCAAAUAUCAAAAGGCUGUCGCUUUCUGAAGUAAAAGUUCCAAUAAUCCGUAUCAAUUUAAUCAAGGAUUUUCAGUAACAGCUGAAUUUUUUUUUCUGAAAGAAAGUUUUGAGGAACGAUAGCUGUAUUACAAAAAUACACCGUCAUUGUAGUCUGUUACAGUGAAACGGUUUAAUUUUUCCCAUAGGGAAGCUAACGUGAAGUGGUGGUAAAAGUGCUUAUUUUUCUAAACGUGUUCAUAGUGCCACAGUAAUAUUAGCCUUCGGUCAUAUGAAUUUGUGGUUCAUGCUGUUUGAAAAUGAUGUCUGCUGUUGUAGAUGUUGCCGUCUGCUCCUUGUGUAACAGAAUAUUUCCUGGCUUCAGGCUAGAAGACGAUGCUGACAGACUGUUGUGUGUGUUUUCACUGUGGUCACUUGUUUUCAGCCACGAAAUAUUUAUUUUUACAUUUUUGCCGGAUAACUGAGCUAAUCAAGCAUUGUGCCAAGUGUAUGUGUGCAAACCUGUUUGUGAAAAUUUAUGUCUGUCUGUGACCUGUGUGUGUGUGUGUGUGUACAUUCGUGUUUAUGGUUUUUCCAUAAACCUGUGACACCUUUAAAAAGAGGUUAAUGCACACGUGUGCGUCUCUGCCAUCAUGUUUCUGCAAAGUGAGCUCAUUUUUCCAUAUGAAGCAGUGUCACCUCAGUGUGUGUGUGUGUGUGUGUGUUAGGUGACAGCUCACCAGGUUGAACGGGACCUUUAUGCUUCCUCAUACGUGCUCUGGGUGUUUCCCCAUGCACGCACUCGGAUCACAUACACAUUCUGUCCCCUUUCGCCCCCUUAAAGCCCCCAUUAGGUGAAAUGGGUAGAAGUUUCCACAUCCAGAUGUGGUUAAUUUUCUUCACGGGGGCAGCCCUGAUUUACUGUGGCGUGGGUCCACUUUGGGGACCCUGAAUGGAAACAUACACAUUAAUGCAGCGUCGGCCGUACUGAGGUAAUCGGCCUCCGGCUCUAUACAUUUAGUCCCGAUGCGUGAAGAUGUGUGUGUGGGUUUGGAUCGGCGCGGCGUUCGCGGUCUGGACGCUGCCAGCUUUUCGCCACUCAUACAUGCAGUCAUGACGGAGUCACGUGUUGUUUUGAGCUGAUGUCAGUGUGAGGCUUGAAGUUCUCGCUGGAUUCGUGUGAAGACAUGGAAAUAAACAGUGAUGGCAUGUC